CGACACAACAGAUAAUGUUAUUAAAGCUUUUGUUGUUGUCCUUUUAUUAAAAGGCAAAACCGAAACAAAGACGUGAGCGCGCACGUCGCCACUUGCACACAUGAGGGAAAGAGCGUCACGUGAUCUGACGGGACAAACACUGAUCAUGUGAUCAGCUGAACUGAGGCAGUUUGAGGAAACCAAAACAGUACACUAACAGGUGGAUUAACCUCCAUCCAAACUGAUGUGCUGCAAAUCAGCUCUGUUCUCUGAUCAUGUGACCCUCAUGUGACUCUGUCUGAUCAGAUGAAUGAUGGCUCUUCUGCUGCUUCUGUGUCUCUGCGGUUCGAUCGCUGCCGUGCCGCCCGUAGGAACUCAACCUGAGCAGGUGCACAUCUCAUAUCCAGGUGUCUCGAACUCUAUGGUGGUCACAUGGACCACCGUCAAUAAAACCGAGAGCGUUGUGGAGUACGGAGUGUGGGGCGGGAAGCUCUUCAGUCACACGGCAAAAGGAAACUCCAGCAUCUUUCUUAACGAAGGGCCGGAGUUCAGAACCGUGUACAUCCACCGGGUCACGCUGAGCCAGCUGACGCCCGCCGUUUCAUACGUGUAUCACUGCGGCAGUGACGCCGGCUGGAGCGACAUCUUCUAUUUCACGUCUCUGAAUGAAAGCGUGAGUUUCAGCCCCAGGUUCGCUCUGUUCGGUGACAUGGGCAAUGAAAACCCUCAGUCUCUGAGUCGACUGCAGAAGGAGACGCAGAUGGGGACGUACGACGUCAUUCUGCACGUCGGGGACUUUGCGUAUGACCUGUAUGAGGACAAUGGCAGGAUCGGUGAUGAGUUCAUGAAGCAGAUCCAGUCCAUCGCUGCUUACACUCCUUAUAUGACCUGUCCAGGAAACCAUGAGUGGGCUUUUAAUUUCUCCCACUACCGGAAUCGUUUUAGCAUGCCGGGACACACAGAGAAUCUGUGGUACAGCUGGAACGUCGGUCCCGCUCAUAUCAUCUCCUUUUCCACUGAAGUCUAUUUCUAUCUGGAAUACGGCCUUGAUCUGAUCUUCAGACAGUACGAGUGGCUGCGGACGGAUCUCGAGGAGGCGAACCGUCCUGAGAACCGAGCGCAGCGGCCGUGGAUCAUCACGAUGGGACACAGACCCAUGUACUGCUCCAACGACGACAAAGACGACUGCACACAAUUUCAGAGCUACGUCCGAAUCGGACGCAAUGACACGAAACCUGCUGCUCCUGGACUGGAGGAUUUAUUCUAUCAGUACGGAGUGGAUCUGGAGCUGUGGGCUCAUGAACACACCUAUGAGAGACUCUGGCCUGUGUACGAUUACAAGGUGUUUAACGGGAGCUCUGAAGAGCCGUAUGUGAAUCCUAAAGCGCCCGUUCACAUAAUCACAGGUUCAGCCGGAUGUCGAGAAAAACACGACGGCUUCAUCCCUAAACCUCGAGACUGGAGCGCGUUCAGAAGCACAGAUUACGGCUACACACGCAUGCGUCUGAUCAACUCCACACACCUGUACCUGGAGCAGGUGUCUGACGACCAGUAUGGAAAAGUGAUAGAUCAGAUCACGCUGGUGAAGGAGAAACACGGACCGGACGCCUGGCACUGAAGAUCCAAACACACUCUCUCUCUCUCAGGAAACACUUUGAAACCCAAUCAACGGUGAGAGGCACUUUAGCUGUAAUCAACCAAACGAGGGACCCGAAGAUCUAACGUCAAGGUCCUUCUAAAGAUCUUACAGGAACACAUGUGUUUUGAGUUUGAAGUGGAGACAAUUCUUCAAACCCCUUCCAGACAGAUUUAAACCGCUGAUUCUGCACUGGAUUAUUUCAGAAUCUCACGGGAAACCCUGUCACUUCACAGCAGGAUAUAAACAUCACAGUCUGAUUGAUUACAGUGUUUUUUAAGGUCUUUAAUUGGAUGGACUGAAUGAACAUUUAUGUCUUCCUUGAUCUAACUUGUAAAUGAUUAUACUUUAGUAAGAUGAUAAAGUACUGUAUGUAAUCUACAUGAUUUUUUUUAAACUAUGAAAACUGUUCCAAAACCUAGUGAGCUGCCUACAUAGACAGCAUUUUAUGACAGUAUGCUGCUUUAUAAGGGGCCAUUCACACAGAACACUUUUUUUUCUAGAUACAUAUUUUUCAGAAAACUAAAAGUUAAACACCUUUUUUUUUACUUGAGUGCCGUGUUUUUAUAUCACUGUUUUAUGUGAGAUGCUGCAAAAGACUACCAAUGAUAACAAGAUACUAAUGUAAUAGUAUCUCAUUUUAUUUUCUCAAUUAUAUACUACAAUAGCACGCUUUCAUAGAAAAACAAUGUCUUCAACAACAACAUCUUCUGUGUGAACAAUUCGAGGAAAUAUUUGUCUCGCUGGGGUUUGAAUAGAUUUCCUCCACAUGCGGCUGCUUUGAACUUCACAAUAAGCUUUAAUAAAUUCAUCUUGUCACAAUAA